CUUGCCGUAAUCUCCCGAAAAUACAAAUAACAAUCAUCGGCCAUAAGUAGAUAUUUUUCAGUCACAUUUAACGCUUCAAGAUGAAAAGUUACCCACUGACGACAAGGCCGAUAUAUGAUUAAAAGCAAAUUUGAUUGGUUUAGGAUGCAUAUCUGCGAAAUGGAUAAUUUACAACGAAAAAGGUUACCUCAACGCGCAGAAACAAGCCACUUAAUUCAAGCAUAUACGCCAGUGGAACGUAAAUAUAUUUUUUUUUACAAACAAAACUCCAGAAGUGACAGUUGAAAGGGGUGCUGCACAAAAUUAAAAGGCAAUGCUGGGUAUCCCCUAUUAUUAUGCCAAAUCUAAUUAGACCGCAGUGCUUCAUUAGUGUUUAAAAUAUGUUUUGACAGUUUUCUCAUUUUGAUAAAUGUUUGAUCCAUAUACAAUAUAAAAGGUUUGCAAACGCAAUCAUAUCAGUUUUAUUCAAGUUGAAGUUGAAUGGGAUUAAGAUUGGGGUCUCCUCAAAAUCACAUUGAAUAAAUAAAAUGGCGAAAUCAAAGUUUCUUAGAGUUACAAGUAUUGUUACCAUUUUGGCAGCAUUUGGAUCGGCAGUUGUCAGGAUAGCAGCUGAUGGUUGCAUUCAUACAUUCCAUGUGAUCCAUGAACAUCUACCUGCAGAUUCAAAUCAUCAGAUCAAUUCAAAGAAUGCUGAAAAUUCACCAGUGCACUCUCAUAGUAUAACUCACGAAGAUGUUUACCGUGAAAAUCUCCAAAACAAUGUCCUUCAGGCCAUCCAGAUUAUCAGGCAACAUCCAACCGAGUUCAUUAAAACUGUGCAGUAUGUCAAUACCAAUGAUCAAAUUGCAAAUGACGAAAGUUAUCCCAGUUAUACUGAUGCCAUUGAGACUUUGAAAUCACUCAAGGCAUAUGGAGCAUUUAGUGAUGAAAGGCGUCUACUUAAUAGUUAUGGUCAGCCAAUCGCCGGUAGUUGGCAAAUAUUCUGAUCUUUUGAUCGUUAUACAAUUAAUACUUGUUUUGGGUAUAUUUUUAACGAAUCGUAGUUUUUUCAUAAA